GACCCUGAACAUUGUGAGAAAGUCGAGGAAUAUAAUGAGCAUGAAUGUUGGUGCAAUCUCAAGAAACAGAUGGCGGCCAAACGAAAAGAUUCUUCUGCUCUAGGCUCGUAUAUGGCCAUGCUAUUGACAUGCAAGCUCAUAUCCUCAGAAUGCCUAAGAUCCAUCUACCAAUCCACAACCUUCAUUGUAACGGAUUACUUGGCUGUUCAAGGACUCUUCGGGUCUUGCAACUCACACCCAAUAUUGAGGGAACGGAGGGGCUUCUACGAAGACCGCAUAAAACCGCCCCCAGCCUUCCUCCAGUAUGCCCGUCACAUCGAAAUCUCGCUUGACCGGAACUACCCUCUGCACCAUCGCUGCUGCUGGGGCAUGGCCACAAGAAAAGAAGCUGAUGAGAAUUUGGCGUGCCAAGAAGGCGAGCCUUGCGACGACCUGGAGCCCGAGGCCCACGAGCCCUGUGACUUUCACUGGCUACACCUUGAAAGGUUCAGAAACCUAAGGAGUCUGAAAAUAUGGAUUUCUACCAGAAACAGUAACCUGUACGGCGGUUUAUUUACCCAUCCCACCGGCGUUGAGGAGGUGGACUUUGAGGAGCUGAGGACACUCCUCUCGGGUCUUGCCAACGUUGAAUCUGUCGUCUUGAGCGCCCCAUUAAGUAAGCAUGUUGAGCCUGAUGAAGGCUAUGUUGAAGGCUACUAUACCACCCACAAAAUACCCAUGGAGUGGAUCUACGACCAAAAGGUGCUUAUAGAUGCCCUCACAAAGAUUUACGGAUCGAAUUACAUGUUGACUCGGGGAGCCGCCCUUAUGGUCGUGGACACAACACAGAGAGAACCCGAGAAGCUGAAGCAGAAGCUCGUGAACGAUGACAUAAUUCGAGAUCCGAGCUGUAAAUGCACCAAUUGCCAGAGAAUGAUUGAAGACCUCAAGCCGAAGGAUAAGGAAGUGACCGAGGAAGGCGCUGAGGGAUUGGAUAUCCAAUAA